GAACCAACAAAUUUCGCGCGAAUUUUGACAGUUGACUAAAUAACCUGUUGUUUUUGUAACGGCGUGUUUCUGUUUUGUUUUAUUUGUUAUUUACCGUGUUAUUACAGUAUUAUAAGUGUUAAGUUUAUUGUUAAGCUUUGCCACUAUCAUAAUCAACCAUGAGCUCGCCAGUGCCGGACACGCCGUCAGACCGCGAUGGGGCUCGCUCCCGGAUGACUUCCCCUGCGCGUGACUACGAGAUGUUUGAGGAUGAGGGCGCGAUCCUGGGAGACGCGCCCAACGAAGAGGAGGAGGAUGGAGAGGAACUGUUCGGUGAUAACAUGGAAGCAGACUACCGGCCCAUGCCAGCGCUGGACCGGUACGAUGCAGAAGACUUGGACGAUGGGGACUACGACGCCAUGUCCGUCGGUGACCGAGUGGCUGCUGAGCAGGAGCUGCGGAGACGAGACCGCGAGGAGGGACGCAGGAGGGAUGACCGCGGGCUGUUGUAUGAUGACUCCGACGAAGAGAACGCAGACGCGCCGCGCGCCAAGCGCCGCCGCGCCGCGGAGAAGGCCGCAAUGGGCACCGACGAACAGGUGGAGGAGGGCAUCGAGAGCAUCGAGAACCUGGAGGACACCAAGGGGUACUCCACCAAGGAGUGGGUGUCUAUGCUGGGGCCGCGGACUGAGAUUGCUAACAGAUUCAAGAACUUCCUCCGAACCUACACCAACAGUAAAGGCCAAUAUGUCUACAAAGAGCGCAUCCGUCGCAUGUGCGAGAUGAACCAGGCAUCCUUCCACGUAGAGUUUGACGUUCUCGCCCGCAGGGAGCAAGUGCUGGCCUACUUCCUCCCCGAAGCACCCUUCCAGAUGCUUCAGAUCUUCGACGAGGUGGCCAAAGAAAUCGUCCUGCAAAUAUUCCCGAGCUACGAGCGCGUCACAGCCGAAAUCCACGUCAGAAUCUCAGACCUACCGCUGAUUGAAGAGCUGAGAACGUUCAGGAAGCUCCAUUUGAAUCAGUUGGUGCGAACUGUGGGGGUUAUUACGUCGACGACGGGGGUGCUGCCGCAGUUGUCUGUGGUCAAGUAUGACUGUAAUAGAUGCGGGUAUAUUCUGGGGCCGUUUGUGCAGUCGCAGAACGCUGAGGUCAAGCCAGGCUCGUGUCCCGAGUGUCAGAGCUCUGGGCCGUUUAUGGUAAACAUGGAACAAACAGUAUACCGUAACUACCAGAAGGUGACGAUCCAGGAGUCCCCGGGGCGCAUCCCGGCCGGCCGGAUUCCUCGCAGCAAGGACUGCAUCCUGCUGGCGGAUCUGUGCGACCGCUGCAAGCCUGGGGACGAGGUGGAUCUGACGGGGGUGUACACGAAUAAUUAUGAUGGCUCGCUUAACACUGAACAGGGUUUCCCAGUGUUCGCAACAGUGAUCAUAGCCAACUACAUCGUGGUGAAAGACUGCAAGCACAUCGUUGAAUCUCUGACCGACGAAGACAUCUCGAAUAUCCUGAAGCUGUCGAAAGACCCUCGCAUCGGCGAACGCAUCGUUCAGAGCAUCGCGCCUUCCAUCUUCGGACACGACUAUAUCAAGAGAGGUUUAGCUCUGGCGUUGUUUGGUGGUGAAUCUAAGAAUCCAGGUGAGAAGCACAAAGUGAGAGGAGACAUCAAUGUGCUGAUCUGCGGGGACCCCGGAACUGCCAAGUCACAGUUCUUAAAGUACACAGAAAAGAUCGCGCCCCGCGCGGUGUUCACGACGGGGCAGGGCGCUAGCGCCGUCGGUCUCACGGCCUACGUCCGGAAGAACCCCACUACACGCGACUGGACCCUCGAAGCGGGUGCGCUAGUCUUAGCCGACCGCGGCGUGUGCCUCAUCGACGAGUUCGACAAGAUGAACGACCAGGACCGCACGUCCAUACACGAGGCCAUGGAACAGCAGUCCAUCUCUAUAUCGAAGGCGGGGAUUGUGACUUCUUUGCAUGCCAGAUGCUCAGUAAUAGCAGCAGCCAACCCCAUCGGCGGUCGCUACGACGCCAGCCUCACGUUCUCUGAGAACGUGAACCUGUCCGAGCCCAUCCUGUCUCGUUUCGACGUGCUCUGUGUCGUGCGCGACGAGGCUGACCCCAUGAUGGACGCGCAUUUGGCCAAGUUCGUAGUGUCGUCCCACAUCCGGCACCACCCCACGCAGACGGGCACGCAGCUGGAAGCACCAACAACACAGGACCCCGAGUUCGUGCUCAGCCAGGACGUGCUGAAGAAGUAUAUAGUAUAUUCGCGGGAGAACGUGCGGCCUAAACUGCAGAACAUGGAUCAAGACAAAGUGGCCAAGAUGUACAGUCAGCUGCGGCAGGAGUCGCUGGCCACCGGCAGCCUGCCCAUCACCGUCAGACAUAUUGAGUCUGUGAUCCGCAUGUCCGAAGCCCACGCGCGCAUGCACCUGCGUCCCCAAGUGGCCGAGGAGGACGUGAACAUGGCCAUCCGCACCAUGCUCGAGAGCUUCGUCGACACGCAGAAGUACAGCGUCAUGCGGGCCAUGAGACAGACAUUCCAGAAAUACCUAUCCUACAAGAAGGACCACAGCGAGCUACUAUACUACAUCCUGCGCCAACUGACCAUGGACCAGCUCGCCUACAUGCGAGGUAUCCACAACCACUCGCAGUCCACCAUCGAGGUGUCAGAGCGAGACCUCGUCGAGAGAGCGAGACAGAUCAACAUCAACGACCUCAAGCCCUUCUACGACAGCCAAAUAUUCAAGAUUAACAACUUUGUCUAUGACCAGAAGCGUAAGGUGAUCGUUCAUACGUUGCCUGAUGCGCCCGCUGUCAAUUAAUUAAAUAAUUAGUUUAAUUAUACCGGUCUAGAAUCUCGAGGCUAUCUACCUAUCUAUCAAUUUUAUUGGUGGAUUCUCGACUCACGCCCCGCUCAUUUUCUCCAGUUAUUCAUAGUUGUAUGACUUUGACACUGUGGGAGCUCUAUCAUCUUCGUGUACUAAACUGGUAAAUAAACGCCAUGUGUUUGUGAUUUAUUUGGUACAAAUGUCAGCUCGAUGCAAGAGUACCAUCAAUUUUAAUCAUGCCAAUAAUAUUUUAUACGAAAUUGUUAUCUUUAUCAUCACCACAGGAAUCCUCAACCCACCUUUUUAUAUAAAUAGGAUAAAAUACUUACAUGUUAAGUUAGCUGUGCCUAGGUUUAAGUUUUAAAAGUACAAUCAUUGUAAUAUUUCACUGUUGUGUUUUUUGAUAUACAAUUUACUUGUAGUCGAUAAUGAUUUCAAUAUUAUGUUUUUAUUUGCCAUUAAUUGUAGCUGAUUCUGGAAGCAAAAAAUAAUAAUUUAGCACUGGUAAACCAUAAAAUCCCUUAUCACAUAAGCGCCUCUCUGAUUCUCUGAGUUAAACCAAAUUUUCCAGUAAGCUAAUGUUAGUUCUGACAGUGCUAAAAUUAAAUAGUUUGCCUUUGGAAUUCUCCCCCCAUUAUAUUUUUAUUGUCAAUAAACAUUUUAACUUUCAUA